GAUCCUACUGCCGCGGUGUGUGGGACACUGUACUUUGCUGGCCUGCUGCCAAAGCUAGCACUACUGUUUACCUCCCGUGUCCGCCUCUGCCUGGCCUGGUUACAGAAAAAUAUGCCUCUCGGUACUGCGGGCCAGAUGGCCUCUGGGAGACGAAAGUUUCAGGACAGUACACAAAUGGUUCUGGGUACACUCAAUACAUGAACUGCUACUCCAAAGAGGCCUGGGAAUUCUACACUCGGUAUUUGAAAAACAAGACGAUUGAGGAAAAAGAGUUGGUCAGAGACCUGAUUACAAAUUCUCGAACGCUAGAGAUUGCUGGACUGUGCAUCUCGCUUGUGACAACCAUCAUAUCACUGGUGAUAUUCUGUUACUUCAGAAGCCUCAAAUGUCAUCGGACUCGCAUACACAAGAAUCUCUUUGUGGCCAUGAUAGUUCAAAUCGCAAUGAGAGUUGUUCUAUACGUAGAUCAGCUGGUAGCUAGAGAAACAGGUGGAGAGCUGUACGGAGCAGCUAGAGGCGAGAGCAACGCCAUUUAUGAUAAGCCAAUCUUCUGUGAGAUGAUGUACAGUUUAAUCGAGUACACUAAAACAGUGAAGUUUAUGUGGAUGUUUAUCGAAGGAAUCUACCUGCACAACAUGAUUGCCGUGUCUGUUUUCUCUGGGAAGCCGAACUACAUAUUCUUCUAUUCUAUAGGAUGGGGUCACUACCUCAUUCGAUCAAAAAAUUGUUUGUGCAAUAUGUCUUCAACAAUUUUUGUCCAUACCUAUGUAGAUCUACAUAUUCUAUUUCUCUUCAGAUGCUGGUUCGGAUACUAUAUGAAUCCACUCAUCUGGAUUGUAGAAGGUCCUCGCGCCGCAGUUAUGACAGUGAAUCUGUUGUUUUUGCUCAACAUUAUACGUGUGCUGGUCAUGAAGUUGAGAGAAUCUCAAACAAAUGAAGCAAAUAAACUUCGGAAAGCGGUCAAGGCUGCCAUCGUUUUACUUCCUCUGUUGGGUCUGACUAACUUUGUGAUCAUGCUGGAGCCAGAUGGAAGGGACCCGGUCAAGUUUGGAGCCUACAUGUACUGUACCUCAUUUCUGAGUGCCUCCGAGGGGUUCUUCAUAUCUUUGCUUUACUGUUUUCUGAAUGGAGAGGUGCGACAAGCUUUGAGGCGCCAGUGGGAAAGGUACCGACAGCACAGACUCAUCCACAAUUCAAGUUUGAGGAGAAUGAGUAGAUCACUCAGCAUUUUCACCUCCUUCACUGAAGUUCCCAGCUCCACUGCGUCACAGAAGAACCAGCCUGCUAACAUCGUUACAAAUGGAGAUGUCAACGGAACAAGACUUGCAUCGAUAUUUAAAGGACGUUAUACUCGCCGACAAAGCAGUCGAGACCUGGGAUCUAUGUGCCAAAAGUCGACCACGGACGUUCCAGAUCUGCCAGAUAUCGUCACCUGUCGAACGGAUCUUAUAUGCGAAGAAAAGGUCUGA